GUCCAGCUGGUAAAGACGAAGCAAGAACAGUUUCGUUAGCCUGUGAUUUGUCUUUAUUUAGGCCCACCAUGCUUCUUCAUUCAGGAAAUUCGUUGUCCACUGGCAUGCAUUGAAUGUGAAUUUGGUGGGAUUUUGAAAAUUUUGAAAUGAAAGGGCGGCAACCUGGGGGACUCCACCCCAUGAAAACUGGCAGGAGUAGAUGGGUUGAGGGAUUUAUGUAUUAUAUUGCUUCUCUCACACUUUUCUCUUUGUCUCCAUUUCCUAAUCCCUUCUCUCUCUAUCUCUCCCUCUAAAGGCAAAGAAAAUAGAGGCCCAGAAAAACCCUUUUCAGUUAGUCAAAAGGAUUUGUUAAAAUCAAGGCCACAUCCAUCGCUCCAUUCUUAUCAUCUUUCUCUUGCUUUUUUCUUUUUCUUUUCUUGCAGUCAGUCAGUCCAAGAUCUUGAAUUCUUCCCACCAAGAUGUUGAUGACAGAGAUGGAGCGGAGUGUCAAACAAAUGCUGAAACUGAUUGAAGAAGAUGGUGUAUCUCUUGCAAAGAAGGCUGAAAUGUGUAGGCAGACCAGGCCAGAUUUGAUUUCAAAAAUUAAGGAAUUCAACAGCAUGCAACAAUCAUUGGCUGAGUGCUAUGAGUACGUGACAACUGAAUUAACCAAUAGCAUACCAUCAGAGUUCGAUGUGCAGGGUGUUGACAAUUCUGAAUCAGGCCAUGGCCAUGACCCUCCUCUGCUGACUCCCGAUCAGAAGCUGGGUUUUCACAAGGCUAGUAAUCGAGCCCCUUCUGUCAGCUCCCAUGGUGCUAGCUCUGAUCUUUCAUUAAAGGAAGGAUCUGAAUCAUUCUCAUUUUCAUCAUCAGAUUCUGAAUCAGAAUCUUUCAAUUCUUCUGGGAAUGCCUACUAUAGCCUCCCAGUGAACACUGAUCGUAGUGAAUUGCACAAGAAGAUUAUUGUUAUGGGGACUGAUCUCUCAAGUAUGGAAGAGAAGCUCCGGAUGCAUGAAGAAGAGAAUAGAGAUAGCAUGCUGAACGGAGAGGAAAAUAGAAAUUAUGAAGAGCUACUGAGUAGAAUAAUCGGCUAUGAAGAAGAGCUGAGGCUUACAAAGGUAAAACUCCAGCUAUCAGAAGAUGACGUUACCAGGUUGAAAAUCGAGCUUGAGAAGAGUGUGUUUUUUAGGGAUCUUUCAGGGACUUUGCAAGCUCAGCUUGAAUUGGCACUUAAAGACAUCCAGAUGAGGGAGGAUGAUCUUCAAGUGGAAAGAAAAAGGGUGUUGGAGCUGCAAAAGAAAGUAGCUGAAGGUUCAGAAGAAUUGCAAGGUCAGCUUAAGGUGGCUGAAGAAGAAAUAACAAUGCUGAAUGCCAAACUCAAUACAGAGAGCAGGCGCGUUCUAGACUUGCAGGAGAGGAUCACAUGCUACAAAAGUGAUCUAUCUGAUCAUGAUCAUGAAAUCAAGGCAUUAAAAGAUGCACAGGAAAAUCUCUCUGUGGAGAAGGCACACCUGCAAUCUGAGAUACUUGACCUGUCCGAGAAACAGAACAUGUUGGAGGUAAAACUGAGAGAAUGGGAUUUACAAGGAAAAUUCAUGGAGGAUAAAUUGAGGCAAUGUGAGGCUGAGAAAAUGCAAAUGAAAAAUUUGCAUGAUGCCCAGGAGAUUGCUUUGCAAGGGGAGAUCAGUCAGUUGAAGGUGGAACUAAUUGACCGAGGUGAGCAUGUGGAAGUUCUGAACAAAAAAUUUGACAGCCUCAAGUCUAAAUACGAUAUGCUUAUGGCCGAGAAAGAUGGGAUGAGUGCUAAAGUAAACACACUCAUUGCAGAUGUGAAUUCCCGAGACAAUCAAAUAAGGCAAAUGGAGGGGCAUCUGCAACAGUUGCAUACUGAACAUGAAAAAUUGAUUGCUGGGUCUCAAAGUUCACGGAAGCUAGUGGACGAGUUAAGAUUGAAAGUAGUGGAGCUGGAGAAGGAGGUGGACGGGCAGAGAGUCGAGCUUUCAGCUGUGGCUGAGGAGAAAAGGGCGGCAAUUCGACAACUAUGCUUCUCUCUGGAGCAUUAUAGGAGUGGGUAUAAAGAACUUCGUGAAGCAUUUCUUGGGCACAAACGGCAUUCAGUCAUGGCUUCAUAAUCCCAUUACUGGUCCAGUAUUGUUUUCAUUGCUCAACUAUGUUAUGCAUUACCCCCUUGUGGUCUUGCACUUGUUCAUGUAAACUUUAUUACCUGUUCUUAAACUCUCGCUUGAAAGCUUUGGACAUCAUAUUUUUGGUAUUUUGGCUCA